AGAUGGAGGAGGCCUUGUUGAGGACUCAGAAGAUGAGUUGGGAGUUGUUCUUUCCCCAACUAAAUGAAAGCUUCAAUGUAGGCCGCAUUGGGAUCGGUAUCUAUCAUGACAUACGCUUCCCAGAGCUUGCUAUGUUGUACAGAGCAAAAGGUGCUGACUUGAUUAUUUAUCCUGGUGCAUUCAACAUGAGCACUAGAAAAAUGCUCUGGGAACUAGAAACAAAAGCCAGGCAAGUACUUAGCUAACAGAUCAAAGUUCCGCCUUAGAAAAUGUGUUUGAUAUUUGACCUUGAAAAAGCUUUUCUAUAUGGCAUCAAUUAAAAGGACGAUAAUGAGAUUCAGCUGGAUCUUACACAAUUUGGGGUCAUUCCAUGAUUUGUUAUGCCUAAGUUUCAUUGCAUAUGCAGUUGUUGUUAGUUUUUUAUUUUAUUUUUUUGGACGAAAAUUGUAAUAUUACAGCCUUUUUUAAU